AUGCCUGUCCACUUCGAGACCCCCACCCGCUUCCACCCCGAGAACGCGGCCCACGCGCACCCUGGGUCCGCCUCCCGGAAGAGGUCCGAGUCCAUCCGCAAGCGGGCUCCCACCCCGGCCCCCAUCGCCCGCCGCUCCUCCGCGGCCUCCACGUCAUCAAGCUCGUCAACCUCCUCCUCCCGGAGCACGGACACCCUGAAGAUGACACCCUACCGGAAAUAA